GGGGCCGAGCGGGGAGGAGGUUGCGGCGGGUUUGAAAGCGCCAGUUUCCUGGCAGCUGGGGCAGGCGUUGGUCUCGGCGCUCCGGCUCCGCAGCAGCCGCGCUCGAGCGGGCGACUAAGCUCGGUGCGCGCGUCCCGGACGGAGCCUCGGUUCCAGCUGCUCCCUCAGCUCCCGCCCCCUUGCCUCAGCCUUUCCCGCCGCGCGGGCGCCGAGACCCGGCCGUCGGCGCUGACCCCGCCCGGAGACCCCGUCGGCGCCGCCCGCGGGGCGCGCGCUCCCUCCGGCUCUCCUCGGCGGCCCGCGAGAGGGGCGGCUCGCGGCGGCGCGCGGCUAGCGGGCUGAGGCGGGAGGUCGGCGGCGGCGCCCCUCUGGCCGGGCUGUGCGCGGGGCCCGGAGCGGCACCGCGGCCGCCCGCGCGGGGGCUCCCCAUGGUGCAGCGGAGGUCGGGAUGUCGAAGACGUUGAAGAAGAAGAAGCAUUGGCUCAGCAAGGUGCAGGAGUGUGCGGUGUCCUGGGCCGGGCCCCCGGGCGACUUGGGCGCUGAGAUCCGCGGCGGCGCGGAGCGCGGCGAGUUCCCUUACCUGGGGCGGCUCCGUGACGAGCCUGGCGGCGGCGGAGGCACCUGCUGCGUGGUCUCGGGCAAGGCGCCCAGUCCUGGCGAUGUGCUGUUGGAGGUGAACGGGACGCCCGUCAGUGGGCUCACCAACCGGGACACCCUGGCUGUCAUCCGCCACUUCCGCGAGCCAAUCCGUCUGAAGACCGUGAAGCCAGGCAAAGUCAUAAAUAAAGAUUUGCGACAUUACCUGAGUCUGCAGUUUCAGAAAGGAUCGAUUGACCACAAACUACAGCAGGUCAUCAGAGAUAACCUCUACUUGAGAACCAUCCCAUGCACUACAAGGGCUCCCAGGGAUGGGGAAGUUCCAGGGGUGGACUAUAAUUUCAUUUCUGUUGAACAAUUCAAGGCACUGGAAGAAAGCGGAGCAUUGUUAGAAAGUGGAACGUAUGAUGGAAAUUUCUAUGGCACGCCCAAGCCUCCAGCAGAGCCUAGUCCUUUCCAGCCCGAUCCAGUUGAUCAGGUCCUCUUUGACAAUGAGUUUGACACAGAAUCCCAAAGAAAACGAACUACAUCUGUCAGCAAGAUGGAAAGGAUGGACAGCUCUCUCCCUGAGGAAGAGGAAGAUGAGGACAAAGAAGCUGUCAAUGGCAGCGGAAGCAUGGAAACUAGAGAGAUGCAUUCUGAGUCGUCUGACUGCUGGAUGAAGACUGUUCCAAGUUAUAACCAAACAAAUCGCUCCAUGGACUUUAGAAAUUAUAUGAUGAGAGACGAGAAUCUGGAGCCGCUGCCCAAAAACUGGGAAAUGGCCUACACUGACACAGGAACGAUCUACUUCAUUGAUCACAAUACGAAGACAACCACCUGGCUGGAUCCUCGUCUCUGCAAGAAAGCCAAAGCCCCUGAAGACUGUGAGGAUGGAGAGCUUCCAUAUGGCUGGGAGAAAAUAGAGGACCCUCAGUAUGGAACAUACUAUGUUGAUCACCUCAACCAGAAAACUCAGUUUGAAAAUCCAGUGGAGGAAGCGAAAAGGAAAAAGCAGAUAGGACAGGCUGAAACUCAUUCCGCAAAAACAGAUGUGGAAAGAGCACACUUUACCCGGGACCCAUCCCAACUUAAAGGUGUCCUUGUUCGAGCAUCACUGAAAAAAAGCACAAUGGGCUUUGGUUUCACCAUUAUAGGUGGAGAUCGGCCUGAUGAAUUUCUACAAGUAAAAAAUGUGCUCAAAGACGGUCCCGCUGCUCAGGAUGGGAAAAUGGCACCAGAUGUUGUCCAGAUGUUUCAAUUGGUACCUGUCAACCAGUAUGUCAACCUUACUUUAUGCCGUGGUUAUGCACUUCCUGACGACAGUGAAGACCCUGUUGUGGACAUUGUUGCUGCUACCCCUGUUAUCAAUGGACAAUCAUUAGCAAAGGGAGAGGCGUGCAUGAGUACUCAGGAUUUUAAACUGGGAGCAAUGGUUUUGGAUCAGAAUGGAAAAUCAGGAAAACUUUUGUCCAGUGAUCAUCUCAAUGGCCCAUCAGAUUCAAAUGAGCAAAGAGCAUCCCUGGCUUCAUCAGGCAGCUCCCAGCCUGAACUAGUGACUAUCCCGCUGGUUAAGGGUCCCAAAGGCUUCGGGUUUGCAAUUGCCGAUAGCCCAACUGGGCAGAAGGUGAAAAUGAUACUGGAUAGCCAGUGGUGUCAAGGCCUUCAAAAAGGGGAUAUCAUCAAAGAAAUUUACCAUCAGAAUGUGCAGAAUUUAACACAUCUCCAAGUCGUAGAAGUACUGAAACAGUUCCCAGUAGGUGCAGAUGUCCCGUUGCUUAUCUUAAGAGGAGGUCCUUGUUCACCAACUAAAACUGCCAAAAUGAAAACAGAUACAAAAGAAACUUCAGGAAGUUUGGAGACUAUAAAUGAGCCUACUCCCCAGCCUAUGCCUUUUCCACCCAGCAUAAUCAGAUCAGGAUCCCCGAAAUUGGAUCCUUCUGAAGUCUACCUGAAAUCUAAGACUUUAUAUGAAGAUAAACCACCCAACACCAAAGACCUAGAUGUCUUUCUUCGGAAACAAGAAUCGGGGUUUGGCUUCAGGGUGCUGGGAGGAGAUGGACCUGACCAGUCUAUAUAUAUUGGGGCCAUCAUUCCCCUGGGAGCAGCGGAAAAGGAUGGUAGGCUCCGUGCUGCUGAUGAAUUGAUGUGUAUUGAUGGGAUUCCUGUUAAAGGGAAAUCACAUAAGCAAGUCUUGGACUUAAUGACCACUGCUGCUCGAAAUGGCCACGUGUUACUCACUGUGAGGAGGAAGAUCUUCUAUGGAGAGAAACAACCCGAGGAUGAAAGCCCUCAAGCCUUCUCACAGAGUGGAUCUCCUCGCCUAAAUCGGACAGAGCUUCCAACCAGGUCUGCCCCACAGGAGUCCUAUGAUGUUAUCUUACAGAGGAAAGAAAAUGAAGGGUUUGGUUUUGUCAUCCUCACCUCUAAAAGCAAGCCGCCCCCAGGAGUUAUUCCUCAUAAAAUUGGCCGGGUCAUAGAUGGAAGUCCAGCUGAUCGUUGUGGAAGACUGAAAGUUGGAGACCACAUCUCUGCGGUGAAUGGGCAGUCCAUUGUUGACCUGUCCCAUGAUAAUAUUGUUCAGCUCAUCAAAGAUGCUGGGGUCACCGUCACGCUGACAGUGGUUGCUGAAGAAGAGCAUCAUGGUCCACCAUCAGGAACAAACUCAGCCAGGCAGAGCCCAGCACUGCAGCACAGACCCAUGGGACAGGCGCAGGCCACCCACAUACCUGGGGACAGAACUGCCCUAGAAGGUGAAGUUGGGAAAGAUGUCUGCAGCUCUUACAGACACUCCUGGUCUGACCACAAGCACCUUGCACAGCCGGACACCGCGGUGAUUUCCGUGGUGGGCAGUCGGCACAGUCAGAGCCUUGGGUGUUACCCUGUGGAGCUGGAGAGAGGCCCUCGAGGCUUUGGGUUCAGCCUCCGAGGAGGGAAGGAGUACAACAUGGGGCUGUUCAUCCUUCGCCUUGCUGAGGACGGGCCUGCCAUCAAAGACGGCAGAAUUCACGUUGGUGACCAGAUCGUGGAAAUCAAUGGGGAACCUACGCAAGGCAUCACACACACGCGAGCCAUUGAGCUCAUUCAGGCUGGCGGGAAUAAAGUCCUCCUCCUUCUGAGGCCAGGAACUGGCUUGAUACCUGAUCAUGGUGAUUGGGAUAUUUAUAGUCCUUCAUCUUCCAAUGUCAUUUAUGAUGAACAGCCACCACCUCUCCCCUCUUCACAUUCUGCUGCCACAUUUGAAGAGUCUCAUGUGCCAGUAACUGAAGACUCUCUGAUUAGAGUUCAGACAUGUGAAAAGGCAGAAGAAUUAAAGGACACUGUACAAGAAAAGAAAAGCACUUUAAAUGGAAGCCAGCCUGAGAUGAAGUAUCAGUCUGUCCAGAAAAAUGUGAGUAAGAAGGAUCCAUCCAGAAGUCAUGGGCAUGGUGACAAGAAUCUACCUAAAGGAGAAAAUGGUGUUACACGGAGAGGUAGAUCUGCUAGUCCCAAAAAGUCAGUUAAUCGACAUUCAGAGGAACAUCUGGAAAAGAUUCCCAGGCCCCUUAGAAGUGACCCCAAAGGAAAAUCUAGAGACCGGUCACUCAGCCCUAGGAAAGGAGAAAAUAAAGGUCAGGUCACCAUUAAGGCGGGCUCUGGACAAGAUCCCUGUAGAAAAGACAGAGGACGGUCUUCUAGCCCCAGGAAGCAGCAAAAGAUUGGAGGCAACAGCCUGUCAAACACUGAAGGCAAAUUAUCAGAGGCUGGGAGCCGAAGAGCAGCAGGCCUCUCUAGUGACAGCCCUGAACAGCUCCCAGAGGGGAAAGAAAAGUCAGGGGUCAGCAGGAAAGAUCUGAAGCUCAGUCAGCUGGGGAAAAACAGAACAAGGUCUCCAGAGAAAAGGAGCAGCAAAGUUGAUGAAGCGUCUCUCCCAUCCAAAAAGACUAGUGACACUGCUAGUAGGGUAGUGUCUGAAAAGGAGAAAGGAAGGAAGCCAGGCACAGGAGAAAGAAGUAGAGACAAAACAGGAGAAAGCGUCCAGACCUCAGCAAAGCCGCUCACGCAGGAAGCGGGAGAGAAGAUGGCAUUAAGCAAAGCAUCAGAGGUCACUGACAGAGGCAAGGAGCGUGCAGGGGGCGCACCUGAGAGUAGCUCUCCAGUCAAGAAAGCACCCAUCACUCCAGGACCCUGGAGGGUGCCACGUGCAAAUAAAGUCACAGGCACUGCUGGCAUGGCUGACAAACAGCUGUGACCUUUCGUAUAAAACAAAGAAAAGUAAGUUGUAAUCUUGACUAACACAGAAUUCUUUGAAGGUGGAGAGUUGUGGUUUUCCCCCAGAAAUUCUUCAAUACCAGGUAGCCAGGCUGCAUGAAGGGCUUCUGAGAUUGCCAAGACCCACCUGGCCCUGGCUGGCUGCCCUUCCUCAUGCUCAGGAAGGAGCUGCAUCCAAGGGCUCACCUGCCAUGCCCUGCACAGGCCGCUCGCUCAGCAGUGACAUGAUCUUAACAGUGUGGUCACAACUCACUUUGUGUUUGUGCCAAGUUAUCUACUGUAUCAUGUCUGUUUUAUCCUUCCCAUUCUGAUCAAACAGUUCAGUUUGGCUUGAAGAUGUUUUCAGUAGCAUGUUGCAUGUUUACAGACGGGAAUAUGUGAGUCCUUGCAGAGGAAGAAAUUGUUAGCUCAUCAUUAAAGUGGGCACUUGCCUCUUCUCACAGCUUCUGACCAUCCUAGUUUAAAAAUGCAAUUCACAAACAUCACAUUACAGGAAAGGUCAAAUAUUAGAAAUGCUUUUUUUACGGCUAAGUAAGGUGUUUAAAGUAACUGUUAAAGAUACUCCUUACAGUUGAAUGCUCAAACGAGAACGUACUGUAAGCAACAGAAUUAACAACCUCCUGCCAUGUUAGCCAUCGCCUAUGUAGUGACAGUGUCUCAGAUCAGCGGUAGCCUUGGGGGAAGUACAAGAGCAUGUAGAAGCACUGCUUGUUUCUCUUUAAAGAAAAGCUCUACUACAUCUGGAGAUUUUGAAUAUUAAUCACUAGUCUUUAAUAUAUUGUUGAAGACCCAAAAUAUCAUAGAUUUAGUGAGGGACUUGAUCACGAGACCAGUUCUACAGUCCACGGCCAGAAAAAGCACCAGCCCUUGCCACGUAGGAGUCAGGAGGGGCAGGCAUGCGAGCGUCAGCAUUUAGAAGCAGAGCCUGUCUUGGGCUUCCUCCACAAGUCAGGACUAAUAUGGUAUAGACUGUGUGUAUUGAAACUUUAAUUUUUAGCUAAUUAUUUAAAAACAAAGUUUUCAGAGUUCUUUUUAAAGUCUAAUAAAAAUGUUUGCUGAAAGUUGGAGACAGUUCUUAAACUCAUACAAUAGAUCCAGACAUCAGCUCCCUGACGCAGCAUUCAGAAACAUCUAUAAAUACAGACAUUUCUCAGAACUGUCUAUCUGUGGAGUAUUUAAACACUAAACACUCAUUCUGUUACCUUGUGAGUCUGACAAAUUCCACUGUGACAACUGUACUGGCCCCUUAUGACACAUGCUUCCAUCCAGAACUGUGUUGAACCCAUCUCAAAACUACUUGAAUAGCGCAAAUUAGGAGGCUUGAUACUAAGAAUUUAGUACCACAGAAAUGAUUUAUUUUCCCUAUAGUUCACAAUUAGUGAUACAAAUCCUAUUUUUAUUGUUAACCUGUGACAUAACUUUGAUGUCAUGUUGUCAAUAUGAUGUGGCUCUUCCUAAGUAACACGUCACUGUACUGAUUAUAUACUGACUUAGCAAUGUGGCCUUGGAGUGCUGAGCAGAAUAUGGAUGUACUGGUUGUAAAUGUUUAUAUCUGUACAGUACCUUUAUAUAUACACUUGAGGUUCUGAUUAGAGAAAGAUCUGUAAAUCGCUCGUUAUUUUUUAUAUAGAUAUUAAAAAAGAAAGAAAAGUU